AUGUACAAGUAUCAGCUGGACGAAGUGAAGACACAGCUUGCACCCGGAGCGCGCCUCAUCCCGCCACCAUUCUCGCUUCCCACUCCCACCCCCGGGGACGGGCUAGCAGCUUACGCGAUACGCUCUUCUCCAUUCUCCCCUCUCUCCCUCCUCGCCCCUCGUUCAUAUCACUCUGUCUCAUGUGCCAAGCUGAUGAAUGUGAGCAGCAACGAAGGCGGCUGGCAAACCGGCAUGAUCAUGCACAUGGUCGCCUACAAAUAUAAGAUAUACGCCCAGCUCUUUGCGUGGGAACAGGACAAGGCUGGGCAGGCGAGGGGUAAGACGUGGAGUUUGAGGGCUAUUAUGGCCGACUAUGAUCCUUGGGCCGCCUAG